UCGCCGCCCACCAGAGCAUUGAGAUUUGGCUCCCGCUCUUAUUCUUGAAUUCUGUCAUCGCGGCACCUUAAUUUAGCCUUCUAGAAUUUUCCUACUUUGAUGUGGUUUAUUUUGAGGAUGGUUUGAAGACUAUUUCCGGCACCAUUGGUUCCUUAAUUCGCCGAAAUAGUGGUUUACUUUGGGCUUAGUCUACCGUGUGGACUGAUGUCCAACUCUGUGAAGGGGGAGAGGCUGCAGAGUUUUGAAUUUGAAAUGUUGCAGGCUGUAUAGAGUGCUGAGGUGUUUGUGGUGGUGGAAUUAGCUCUUGUGAGUAGAGCAGAUUGAGAUUCUACGGGGGAGAGACGUGCUGGAUGAGAGGUUGGUACGCGAGGAAUGGCUAGAGGUUUGAUGAAGAAUUUUUGUCAUGUGUGAAUAUUCUUAAUGGGAUUUGUCGAAUUCUGUCCUAAGGUCGCCUUCAAAGUGGGCGAGGAGAGGAACACCGCAAGGGAGAGGUCGAUUUUGCGAGCUCGGAUGACUGAGAAGUGAGCGGAACUAUGUUUAUCUACCAGGAUAUCUACCAGUGUGGUGCCACUCCGGUGUUAUCUUGGUUCUUGUGGUUUUGAUUUGGGUGGGCCUCCAACAUGAUUAACUGCAUGGUAAGUCGCCGACUUGGCCCUGGGCGUGCCGGACUAGCACCCCGGCUCGUAAUCCCAGAGACACAAAUUUCUAUUUCCCCAGAAUUCCAGGGUUAUUACCCCGACGACAAUGUACUCUAUAACCGAAGAUUGUCGUCGAUACACGGAUACGGAGGAGAUGGAGCAUUUUCACAGAAAUCGGGAAUGUUUUCUCUUCAAGGAUUUACCGUUGAUGGACGGCCUACCAUACUCGACGGCGGAGAAGAUAUAAACGAAAUCAUGGAGCCAACGCCAAGACCGGGCCGAGGCGAAAAAAUGUUGAGUAAGCAUUUUAUUGCUCCAAGUGCAAGGUGCAACAGGCGAGCUUCACUUCACGGAUGCGAUUUCCAUUUCACUCAAGGAACCUCUGCUCUAGAGUCAGACUCAGUAUUGCAUCCGAAAGAGGUACUCUACCUACAGAAAAUUGCAUUGGCAAGUAAUGAGGAAGCUCGCAGGAAGGACCUUUCCAAUGGGAUGGCGCAUAUUUCUCUGGACGGGCGUAUAACUAACGCCGUUUCUGCAACUUCCUCCGCCACCAUAGGAGGGGAUUUGGGAGAGGAGGAGGCCCAAGCUUGGGAUUGUUUUGCACCUUUGCAACGGGUGUUAAUUGUGGCUGUAGCUGCUGCAGCUGCCGCAUCUAGUAAACACAAAAACCACAAAGAAAUCAAUCGCCUGCAAAAAGAAGUGCAUGCACAGGAGAACGCCCUGUCGCUCAUGAGACGAGAACUUAGCAACCUGUGGGAUCAAGUUGCCGCAGAAGAAAACGGCCCCCUCUCUUUUAGGUCUCCUAGUAUAGAACAUAUUGAUCAGAAAUCAAGGGCAUCAAGUCCAGCCAUGCCGCUGAAGGGGAGGCAAGCAUCGAACUCCGAGGAACCAAGUAUAGAAACACCGAAAACAUACCAGAGACCCAAAUGUGAAUUAUCUGAUGGUCUAAUAAACUACGAUCAAUUUAAAGAUGGCCCCGUCAGCCAAGAUGUCUACAUUGUAGAGUAUCCCAAAGCUGUGGUCGAAGAAGUCCAAUUAGGAGAGGCUGAGUCGUUCAGUAAUCAACUGACAGAAAACACUUCACGGAGCCGAGAUGAUGAUGAAAGCGAGCAUUACUUUGAGGAUUGCACACCUGAGAAACGACAGAGAAUAUUCUCCAGAUUUGCAUUAGAUGCGAAGGAGCCUGCAGAGUGGACGCCUGUGAAGUCCUCCUUCACGACAUUAAGUGCUGGCGGCAUCACUCCACUAACCAACAAGAAGAGAUCUUCUUUCGAGAGUUCGAUUGCCUAUUCUAAAGGUUCGGAGCAAUGCUCAGAUUUGGAGGAGUUGAAGGCACGACGUGCUACUAUGCUCCUCGAAGUGAAGAACCAGGUGUCGUCAGUUCUGGAUAAAGAGGCCUCGCAUGUCAUGGCUGCCCUCUCUCACGUCAUUGAGAAGGCUCAAAAGUUAGAGAAAGCCGACAGAACAAACUCAUUGACACGACGUGCAAAUACACCCGAGAAGAAAGCCCGAGCUUCGACUGCUUUGAAGCAGAGUGUAGAAAAAGCAAGCGCACAGGUUGCGUCACUUCAGUCAGCUGUGGUAAACAUCUGGCAUACUAUCGGACCAGAUACACUGGCGUCCCUCAAUCCGUCACCGCUGGAGCUUGAGAGCUUUCUACUUCAAGUGACGAAGGACACUCUCAUGAACAAGGAACAAAAACUUGUGCCCACUAGUGAGGAAGGAAUACAGGAAUGGAAGCAAUCGUUACAGCUCAAGCAACUUGAAACAGCCUUGCCCUCGCCGCUGAGCAAGACUGGAACUGCAGCAAUCAUAUCCUCUGAAGUCGAAAAUCAGGUGGUAUGCUCUCCUAGCUGGAGAAAUAAAGGCAUUGAAAUAGCUUCAGCAAUAAGGGUUGCAGUUCGAAAGACUGUGGAUUCAUUGAUGGCUCCCUUGGAUGGAAGGAAAGCUGCAGAGAACUUUGAUAGUCCAGAGGCAAGAAAACGGGUGUCUUCUCUCUCAGAAGAUGCACCUCAAUUUCUUGCUCAACAGCUACUAGGAGAGCUCGAGAAGGCCGCUGCCAAGAUUUCAGGAAUGGAAUGCCAGAUGCUCAGUUUGAAACGAAGUGUGCGAGAGACUGACGCUAAACGAAAGAAAGCUGAGAUUAAGCUUGCGGAGGCAAUAGCUCGUGACCACCAAAACCAGGAAAAAUUCGAAAGGGAAAUGAGUGAGCUUACAGCGAAGCUUCGGGAGAAGGAGUCCGCCUACGACGAGUUAAUGCGGAGCCGUAAGGUUAUGUAUUUAGUGAAAUCGAAGGAGAUUGAUGAGCUUAAAAAAGACUGCCAGAUGCGUGAUGCUGCCCUUGACGGUAUCACUGCUGCCGCUCAAGCAACUCGAGAAGCAAGUGAUCAGAGAUUGGCAGUUUUGGAGGACAUAUGCAGACGCAAGGAUUCUGCAAUUCAGGAGCUCAAGGAGGAAAUUAUUGCCCUAGAGGACAAGGUCCAUGAGCUCGAGCUCCGUUCCCCUCUCUUGCUUAGCCGUAAUCACAGACGCAAUAUCUCCUUACUCCGGUCUCCUACCAAGGAAGUUCUAGCACUUGAAAACACGUUCAACGGAAUCUCUCAUGAAAGAGAGCAAAUGCAGAUUUCUUCCCUUUCACGCGGAAAGACUGAAGAUUUCCAAUCCAGCAUAGAUGAUACUUUUGGCCAUCCGCAAUCAUCUCUCAAUUACACGAGUCGAAAUACUAUGGACUUUUGUGCUGAAGUCCACGGAGACCAAGCAGAGAAUCGCCGCGUCAUUGUCCCUCUGGGCAAUGAAUCGGCUGUCUCGUGCACCAUGGCUGAAAGUUUUACUCAUCUGAGAGAGACAUCUUCGGUACAUAGCAGAGUGCAGGAGUGUUCAUCUUCAAGCGUACUUUCGACUCUCUCCAUCGACGGAAGUAUGUUUCCUUCCCCUACCUGCACGUUGUUCGACGACUUCUUGGAGGUAGAGAGCUCCCUGCAAGCAUUUGCAGCGAAAGAAGGGUGCCGUCUUGAUGACUUCGGAACACGUAACAACACGGGCAGUCUUUGCCCCUCGCAAGAGUAUUUCUCUGCUGAAGGCAAUCUUAACUCAGGGCUUAAGCAGCUCAACAAUACCACAGCAAGCACUGGUACUGAGUCUGCUGGAAGCAACACGAAACUUGCUAAGUCACGACGAGCGAAAGGCCACUUUUCUCUGACGUCUGCAGGCGAGCACAAGAAAUCUAGCGGAGUCUUGCGACCAACUAAAGCCAGUUCUCUCAAAGUUCAGGGUAAGAUCAAAGCGAACAAGGAGAAGGAGAAUUUUGUUCCGCAGCAGGACGAAGAAAUCAAUUGGGUAAAUGUAGCUUCAUUUGAAUUCGGUAGUUCUGUUAAAGGCUCUGCCGCCUCUCGUCGAGCAUCGAAUACAUCUAUUGAAUACAAGGAAAGCAUUGUGAAACCAGCAUCGAAGGAGAACAGAAGUAUAACGAGAAGUACAAGAUGGCAUUGAAGACCUCAAAGUCAUCACUUGAUGUGUGUGACGAUUGUGGCGGCUUAUGUUCAUGUACCAUAUAAUGGCGCUUUAUUAUCUUUAUGAAUCCGUGUAUAUAGAAUAGCUCCUAAUUCUCCCUCCUAUAGCACAUGCAGCCGCAACAAACCUGUACAUCUCAGCGCCAAAAAUUUUGAGAGGACUUGGAUUGCUAUGAGGCAUCACAAUUUUGAGGUUCAUAUUCAAAUUGAAUUCUGAAAAAAACGCAAGCAUUUAAUGCCGUUUCAAGAGGACGACUAACUUGCUAUUUACGUUCAACAGGUUGUAACUUUUACUGGCUACUCACUCAAUAGUUAAAAGGGAGUUUUCACGUCCAGCUGUUGCGUUACUGGAUUCUACUCUUUAUUCAGGGGCCGAUCGCUGUAUGAACUUUGUAUGAACUAUUAUUUUUCCGAGGCUUACACUCGCACUUACAUUUCGGUCCAUUGCAGUUUAGAAUGCUGGAUUCGCUCCAUCAUUAUACAUUGCCAAGUGUUAAUCUUUCGUCUAAUAGCUCUAGAGCUGGUGAAGCUGUUGCUGGAGCUAUGUACUUAUUAUUAUUAAUGCGACACUGUUGUGGGUAUUCUCACUCAA